AUGCAGCUUUCUACGCAAAUGUCAGGUUCAAAUUUGUCCACCAAAAGACAAAAUUUUCAAGCACACACCCACACCCUCUCUCGUUUUGCAGUGAAAGCUAAUCCACAACCUACUAAAAAAAAUCGAUCAAUUGUUAGAACAAUCACGAGUGAGAGCAUUUCUGGUUCUCGAGAUGAGGAUUUUUCGAAGCUUCCUCAAGAGUCACAGACAUCCAGGCGUGAUGCCCUUGACUUGAAUAAAAAAAUUGCCGAUGAUACUCUAUUACCUCCGUCAAUGCGAGAGCCAGGUGCAAAGAAAAUGGGAGCUACGAACGAAAGUAAUAUCAUUCUUAGUGAUAAUAUAGGCUUACCUAGUACGAGAAGUGCUUCGAACAAGAAGCACGCUGAUUUGGAGGAACUGAAAGCCAAAGUUCUGUCACAAAAGAUUUUCAAGACAGACUCAGGUAAAACAUCAACAAACAUCAACAACAACAACAAACAACAAAGUAAAUUCUUUCUCAUGGAUAAGAAGGGCGUACCCGGAUUAGAUAAAAAUAAAGGUAUACAAAGUAAUAUUGGCGCUCUCACGCAAUCUAUUAGACAAAGUGAUAAUGGAGAUGGUGGUGUAGGAGGUGGUGGCGAUGGACACAAUGGUGGUAACUCAGAUGAUGAUGAAAGUGAUUUCGAUCCGGACGCAUUUUCAAUAGCUGAAACGCGAAUUUUGUGGAUUGAUAGAGUGUAUAGAGAUGCAUAUGAUAUUGUGUUGCGGACGAAACAACGAAUGAUAAAUAUUUGGAUCACUCGAGAUCCUUCAAAAACAACUCGCCUAUUACUAUUCUCAGUUUCUGGAGUAUCACUUUUUGUUCUUUCACUGAUCCUAUAUCCAGAGAAUCCACUCGAUUUUAAUGAUUCUGGAAUUUUUAGCUCGGUUUUUGGACGGAAUCCUCGGUGGCUGCUAAAUCGAGAACUUGGACCCUUACAACCUACAUUGUUAAGUACAACUUUUGCGUGUGCCGCUGCAUUUGCUAAAGUUCGUCUUGGGGCUAAUUUAAAACCUCUCUCUAACUUUAUGCAUGGUGUUCUAGGACUUCCGAUGGGUUUCAUGCUAGUGUUUCGAUGGAACAAUGCUCACGAACGCUGGUGGUAUGGGAGAACUUGUUUGGGAAAUAUUUUGUUUUAUUGCAAAAAUUUGGGUGGUACCUUCUGUACGUGGGUAGCUCCAGACGAUCCAAUCUUGGCAGCCCGAGCACUUGCGUUGAUAAACACUCUUAAAGAGUGUGUAGCGGACAGACUCAAUGGAACAUCAAUUACAGAUGCUUCUGUUGUACAAAGAUUAACGACACCAUUAGAUUCAGAUGAUUUAGAAGGUCUUUUUGGGGCAUCAAACAAGGUUUUAUUCUGCUUAGAAGCUCUUCGAGGUUGUGUGCAGGAAGCUUUUAGACGUGGAUACAUGCCUCCUGCAAUCGCUUCCACCGUUCAUGCCGAGGUUGCAUCUAUAAUGGAUAACUAUGGAUCUUGUGAAAAGGUGGUAAACCAGCCUCCACCUGGUUGUAUUAUUACGCAUUUAAAGUGCACACUUAUGGUUUAUGUAUGUUCCCUUCCAUUUAUUCUUGUGCACGAAGUUGGUGUUUUUGGUGUCGUGCCAGUCACCACAUUAUUAUCAUUGGCUUUAUUUGGGAUUGAAGCUGCUGCUGAGCAGAUCGAGCAACCUUUUGGUAAUCGUCCUUACGAUUUACCGGUUCGUGCGCUCAUGCGUGAUAAUUCUCGAGAUUUAGAUCAGACUUCUAAGCGUGUGCUAGGAUUCACUGGUUUUGUGAAUGGCAGACGAGAUCUUGAAAUUGAUAAAAUAGUUUCAGCUCCAAACAGUCUUGCAUUAAAUCUUGAAGAAGAAGGAAAUUCGACAAAUAACGUUCAAAGUGAAAUCGGAGGGAAGAAUAAAAAGAUAUAUGAUGAGGAGAUUAGGACGAGAGAAGUGCUUGACCAAUUAGACCCCUUUUUUGAGGAUAGAGGGAAGGUGGUGAAUUCAAAAACUAAGGCUUCAAACGCCCGUGACUGGACCGAGUCUUCCCUUGCACUUGGAAAAAAUUGCAAUUCGUCAAGUGACGUGUUUUUUACCGACAAUCUCCGCACCUCUGCAUCUUCUAAUACCGGGAUAAGUAAAGAUCUUCAAACAUUGAAUGUUUCUUCUGAAGAUUCCGGAGCUAGCACACUUACUGGAUCAGGAAACACAGAUUCUUCAAACACUCCCAUGAAACCAACUCUCGACUGGAAACGGGAGGCAGAUGAUGAGUCAACGAAGAGUCAUGCAAUGAAUAGUCAUAACUUAGACUCUUUUUCAAUUUCUCCAGACUCCCGAGUGCUUAUCAAUGAAAGUUCGGGUAUUAUUUACGAAAAGAUUAAGGCGAAUGGAGGAACACGGAAGCUUCCAACAUGGAAGACACAGGCACCUAUCGAAAUUAUGGACCAAGUUGAUGAAAGAUCUGUACCAGAUUCGCCAAAAUAUCAUACCUCUAGAAUGCGGAAAGCAAACCUUGACUGUGAUGAAUAUGAUCACAAGAUAAACAGUGUUCAAACGCCGGGACGAAAUGCUAGUGUCGAUAGGAUGAGUUUCACAAGUCCUGCUGGUAACAACUACAGUAUUGGUGAUAUUCAGUUGACUCCUCACCCAAAAGUUUCUCGGAUAAUCAGAUCUUCUCCUGAGGGGGAAACUGAUAUUCGUGACAUUCCUCAUCGAGACUCAUUUGGCCUUAAAAAGCUAGGGCUUGAUCUGGAUGAAAAGUUUGUUUCGAUAUCUCACAAAAGGAAUGUCAGAAAAUGA